UAUCCAUUGUUUUUGUUCUCAACUUUUCAUCCCAUUCUUCCAAGUUGCAACGGUAAAGAAAAACUAUAUAUACAAUUCCAAAUUAGCCAUUUCAUUUGUGUGAAAACAGCAUACCAUGUGGCCUGUAGAUGUAGUAGAAUAUGUGGGGUAUUUCAGUCAUUAAUUCUGGCUGAUGACCCUCCAGCAGAGAUAGGGUGUCUGGAGCCUCACCUUUUUCUACCCUAGUGUUGUCUAGUCCUCGAUCGCUAUCUGUAAAUUAACCAACAAGUUCUACUGCUACACCGGAAUGAAGAACAUGAAGUUGCCGGAUUCUGAUGACAUGAAGGGUAAGCCAGCAACAGAGUUCGGAGUAGAAUAUUGGUUCGACGAUGCCUGUAUCCUUGACAUGGAUUACUUUGUCAAAACCCUUUCUGGCAUUAAGGCCAAAGGGGUACGUCCUGAUCUCAUCGGUUCAAUCAUAGCCCACUAUGCCUCCAAGUGGCUCCCAGACUUGUCAGGCGACGACGCCAACAGCAAGGGUCUCACUCACUUUGAGGAAUCACCGGAGAGCGUCACUGCUUCAUGGAUGAAGAAGAGGUUCUUCGUUGAGACUUUGGCUGGAAUUCUCCCGCCUGAGAAAGACUCUGUUCCAUGCAAUUUCCUGCUGCGACUCCUCCGCAUUGGUAACAUGGUUGGAAUUGAGCCUGCCUACCGUGCCGAGCUCGAGAAGAGGAUAUCGUGCCAGCUUGACCAGGCCUCACUCAAGGAGCUCAUGAUUCCGGCCUUCAGUCACACCUGUGGCACCUUGCUAGAUGUUGAGCUCGUUCUCCGGUUGGUCAGGUUGUUCGUCAAUUUGGAUGAAGCAGCCAAGAGUGGAGCCGCUCUGGUCAAGGUGGCCAAGCUUGUUGAUAGCUACCUUGCAGAAGCUGCCGUGGAUGCCAAUUUGACAUUGCCUGAGUUCACUGCUCUUGCCGGAGCUCUCCCCAGCCAUGCCCGUGCAAUGGAUGAUGGGUUGUAUCGAGCCGUCGAUACUUAUCUGCGAGCACACCCAAGCUUGUCCAAGCAAGAAAGGAAGAGCCUCUGUAGAUUGAUUGACAGCCGAAAACUGUCUCCAGAUGCAUCACUCCAUGCUGCGCAGAACGACCGCUUGCCUGUGCGGGCUGUAAUCCAAGUGCUCUUCUCUGAACACACAAAGAUCAACCGGCAUCUUGAUUGGAGCAGCUCGUUUAGUGGACCCAGAAGCCCAAACCCUGCAGUUGAGCCUCCAGCGCGCUGCAUGUCAAAGCGCGACAUGACUGCUCAGCAGAUAGAGAUAAAGAGGUUGCGCGAGGACGUUCUUAGGCUUCAGAGGCAGUGCAACUCCAUGCAAGCACAGAUAGAUAGGCUCAUGGAGAAGAAGAAGAGCUUCUUUAAGUGGAGGAAGUUAGGAAUGCCUCUAUUCAAACCUGGAAGCGUUGGGGAGAAGGAUGAGGAGGUUGAGGGUGAAGGCGAAGUGGGGUUUGAACGUCGAACGCCUAUGGAUAUGAAGACGAAGCUGGUGCAAGGAAGAAUCACUCCCAAGUGGAGGAAAUCCAUGUCUUGAUGCAGACUUGGUGAAAGAUGAGUUACUGUCACUUACUUAUUGCUAAUUAUGUUUAUCUUAGUUGAUCUUUUCUGCUUUUUAUUUUCUCCUUUGUAAUUUAAUCAAUAAGAUAGAUUCCUACACUCUUGUUAUGUAGAAACAAGGAUCAUGAUAGUGCUGAGUGCAGAUCA